AUCAAAUCCCAAUCAAAUCCAAAAUAUACCUAAUAUGCUCUCCCAGCCGUCACUUACCCUCUCUCUCAAAUUUUCAAUUUUCAACCGAAGAGAACAAGAGUUUCUUCUUGUUGAACGCACUCAUCAUCUGCAGAGCAACCAAUAACCGAAUUCGGAAGGGAGAGAACCAGAGGCUUCGAUCGCCAAUUUGUUCAUUGAAGAUUGCUAUAGGAACUUUCGAUUGAAGUCAGUGUCAUAGCAACUAUGUCCAACAAUCGUAUGUUAGAAGCCAUGAUCGUCUAUGUGAGAAGAGAAAGAAAGAAAAUAGUUAUGGAUGCUUCCCCAAUUUUAUGUACUAUGAGAGAUCCCAACAACUGUAGUGAGAUAAAUAGCAUGAAGGUGGAUGAUGUAAUAAACAUCUCUGAAAAAUUGAACAACAACCGGACAGAGACGAGGCCAAAACAGCCUGAUAUUGGUUAUGAACAUCUUCCGUUGAUGGAUGGCGCUGCAACGGAAACAGAGACAAGGCCAAAACAGCCUAAUAUUGGAUGUGAACAUCUUCCGUUGAUGGAUGGCGCCGCAGCGGAAACAACUCAGCGUAAAAGAGUUACCGCUAAGGCUGUAUAUAUUCGAAGGUACAAAGAUGCAAUGAAAGCUCUGAUGAAGCCACAUAGUAGUUAUACGUUGUUAUACGAGCCACAUCUUGUUUCAAAAUCAAAAAGUUCUAGCAAGAAGAUGAAGGGUACAUUGAAAUCCACACAACAACAAAGUAGUCCAGAGAAGAAUCCCACCAGAAAAGAAACACAAUUUAGAUCAUUCUCACAAAAUGUCAAGACUCUAACAGCUACUGGUAUGCUUGACGGGGCAGCUGUGCAGUAUCUUUCUGCAUCAAGAGAUAAGGAGCUUUGUGGAAUUAUCAAAGGCUCUAGCUAUCUUUGUGGUUGCAACUCUUGUAAUUACUCCAAGGUAGUAAGUGCUCUCGAGUUUGAAUGCCACGCUGGCUGCAAAACAAGUCACCCGAACAAUCACAUACACUUAGAGAAUGGCAAGACCCUCCAUUCGGUUGUUCAGGAGUUAAAGAACACCCCACCAACUAUGUUAUGGGACGCCAUUCAGGCUGUGAUCGGCCCUUCUCUGAAUCGAGAAGCUUUCAAUUCUUGGAAAGAAAUCAUUUGAAGCAACAAUGAGAGUCUAAUUCAGGUGUAGUUGGGAAAAUUCUCUCUUUCCACUAGUUGAACACAUCAAAUGCUGAUUGUUGAUGGACCUGAACCUGAGUCUUUUGGUGUGGUAGACUGGGACUUUUAGCAUUAGGCAGCAACCACUUUAUCACUGUGCUAUCACACAACACACAACACACAAUGAUACGAUCAUCCUCUACAUAUUAUUAGGGAAUAUUCAUAAGAUAUUAUUCUAUUUAGUUAAUUGUGAUUCA